AUGGAGUUGGGCACUCAACCUCCCCCUCCAAACCAAGUCACGUCGACGGUAGCUGGUCCUAAGCUUAGUGACCACUCUGAAGCAGCUUCAAGCAACGUCCAGCACGAGCGUCCUCCGCCUGACUCCGCCCCGGACAGCAAGAAGCUGAAGCUGAACAAGGACAACGAUGUGAAGUCGUUCAAGUUGACGCCAGUUCAGCACGAGCUGCUCGUUUGGCUGGAGUCGACAUUCCCCGACUGGCCCACGCGGCGCUCCACAGAACCGGCGGAGCUGCGCCACAAAGUAAAGUGGAAAGCGAUCGAGGCCGAGAUGAAGGCCGACUUCCCCGAGCUGGAAGUGAAUAAACGCUCGAUGGUGAACACGUGCGCCUACUGGAAAAAAUGCUGCGAGCUCAAGACGUUAAGACGGUGGAGGGAGGACAAUAGCAUCGACAAAAGGGCAGAAAAUGCCAGACUUGCUGGCUCAGUUGGUCCCGCCCAACUCCAGCAAGAUUUGGCGGCAUUCUUCGCGGAUGCCACCGAGCUGGCGCACCAGCGUGAACAAGACGAGGUCGAGCGUGAGUCUCUGGUGCGCAAGGUGGACGACCUGGAGAAGAAAGCCGAUACCCUAAGCGAAGGUCGUCAAACGGCGUUGCUGCUUCGAGGAGAGUACGAAACCCAAGUGCUGAGUUUACAGAAUCGGGUCUGUCUCCUGGAGAGCCAAGCCCAACAAAUGGAAGAGUUCGUCGCCGACCUGGAGAAGGAGAAGCGGAAUGGGAAGGAGAAAAUGAAGUUUCUGCUGGCCCAGUUGAAGGGGGCGAUGGCGGAGAAUUUCAAGCUGGUGGAAGCGGCGGUCAAGCCUCUGAAGUGA